UCUCGCCCAGAGGGCUUGUGUACACCGCAUCUCCUCGCUUCUCUCAGGCGCCGACACGGGGAACAGAAAACCACCACCACCAUGUCAUCCAGGUGUAAAAAAUCACUUUGAAGACCGACUGAAGGAAGGAACCGCCGCACAUCACGUUGAGCGACAUUUACGCGGAGCGACGGAAGAGACGCGCACUCACCGCGCCGCGCUGCUGGAAUAACCAUUUUAAUUCCUCCAACGCGUCCUUUUCCCUUUUCCAUCUCCUCUCAACCGAAUCCCCUGCCCAUUACGCGCAAAGAUGACAUCGUCAGGCAAGGACAACAGCGGUCAUUACGCCAAUUAUGUUGGACCCUACCGCCUGGAGAAGACGCUCGGCAAAGGACAGACAGGUCUGGUGAAGCUAGGAAUCCACUGUGUCACGUGUCAGAAAGUCGCCAUAAAGAUUGUCAACCGGGAGAAGCUGAGCGAGUCUGUGCUCAUGAAGGUGGAGCGGGAGAUAGCCAUUCUAAAACUGAUAGAGCAUCCCCACGUUUUAAAACUCCAUGACGUGUAUGAAAAUAAAAAAUAUCUGUACCUGGUGCUGGAGCACGUGUCCGGGGGAGAGCUGUUCGACUACCUGGUGAAGAAGGGCCGACUAACGCCCAAGGAGGCCCGCAAGUUCUUCAGACAGAUCAUCUCCGCCCUGGACUUCUGUCACAGCCACUCCAUAUGCCACAGAGAUCUGAAACCAGAAAACCUGUUGCUGGACGAGAAGAACAACAUCAGGAUAGCGGACUUUGGCAUGGCUUCUCUGCAGGUCGGGGACAGCCUACUGGAGACCAGCUGUGGAUCUCCACAUUAUGCCUGCCCAGAGGUUAUCAGGGGAGAGAAGUACGACGGGAGGAAAGCAGAUGCGUGGAGCUGCGGGGUUAUCCUCUUUGCACUGUUAGUGGGUGCCCUGCCGUUCGACGACGACAACCUGAGGAACCUUCUGGAGAAGGUGAAGCUGGGCGUGUUCCACAUGCCUCACUUUAUCCCCCCCGACUGCCAGAACCUGCUGCGGGGCAUGAUCGAGGUGGACGCCACCAAGAGGCUUACGUUAGAGCAAAUCCAGAAGCAUACAUGGUAUCUAGCCGGGAAGAACGAGCCCGAGCCCGAGCAGCCGGUGCCCAGGAAGGUGGCCAUCAGGAUGCUGGCAGCCCUGGAGGAGAUCGACCCGGACGUCCUGGAGAGCAUGCACUCUCUGGGAUGCUUCCGGGACAAGGCCAAGCUCACCAAAGACCUGCUCUCCGAGGAUGACAACCAGGAGAAGAUGAUCUACUUCCUGCUCCUGGACCGUAAGGAGAGGUACCCCAGCCAGGAGGACCAGAACCUGCCCCCCCGCAACGAGAUAGUCGACCCGCCCAGGAAGCGCGUGGACUCCCCCAUGCUGAGCCGUCACGGCAAGCGGAGGCCAGAGAGGAAGUCCAUGGAGGUGCUGAGCGUGACGGAGGGGGGGUCCCCGGUACCGGUACGACGAGCCAUCGACAUGGCAACCCACGGACAGAGGUCCCGGUCCAUCAGCGGGGCGUCCUCCGGUCUGUCCACCAGUCCUCUCAGCAGUCCUCGGCCCGUCAGGCGGUUCUUCGUGCCCCCCCAGUCCCCCGACCUCUGCCAGUCCCCCAACUGUAGCCCCACCCACUCGCCGGGGGUCAGCCUUAACGGGGUGGGGCCUCGCGGACCCCACUACCAGCCAAAGAUGGGCUCCCCCCUCAUGCACCCCCGCACCCAGACGCUCCCGGCCAAGCCCAAAAUGUCGGAGAAGCCCCUGCAGACCACCCGCUCCAACCCCCUGCCCAGCACGGCCGGGGCCCCCGCUGCCCCCAAGUCCGAGCCCUCCACCCCGAGCCAGCCCCCGGCGCCCUGCGUCCCGGGCAGCCCCCGGGCGAGGCGCCACCCGCCCCUCACCGUGCCCCCCAAGCUCUCCAUCCCGCUGUCCCCCGUGCCCCCCAUGUCCCCGCUCCGCCGCCACCCGCCCCCGCCCCGCCGACCCCACCACCACCACCACCCUGACCACAACGGCAAAUGUCUCCCCCCCGGCGCGCAGGUGACCCCCCACCCCUCGCCGCGAGGCAGCCCUCUCCCCACCCCCAAGGGCACCCCCGUGCACACGCCCAAGGACAGCCCCGCCGGCACGCCCAGCCCCACGCCCCCGCCCAGCCCCUCCAUCGGCGGGCUGCCCUGGAGGACGCGCCUCAACUCCAUCAAGAACAGCUUCCUGGGCUCGCCGCGCUUCCACCGGAGGAAAAUGCAAGUGCCCACCCAGGAAGACAUGUCCAGUCUCACCCCGGACUCUUCUCCAGAGCUGGCGAAAAAGUCGUGGUUCGGGAACUUCAUCAACCUGGAGAAGGAGGAGCAGAUCUUCAUCGUGAUCCGGGACAAGCCCCUCAGCUCCAUCAAGGCGGACAUCGUGCACGCCUUCCUCUCCAUCCCCAGUCUGAGUCACAGCGUGAUCUCCCAGACCAGUUUCCGGGCCGAGUACAAGUCCACGGCGGGCCCCACGGUCUUCCAGAAGCCCGUCAAGUUCCAGGUGGACAUCACCUACACAGAGAACACCGGCGCCACCAAGGAGAACGGCAUCUACUCCGUCACCUUCACCCUACUGUCAGGCCCCAGCCGGCGUUUUAAGCGCGUGGUCGAGACCAUCCAGGCCCAGCUGCUGAGCUCCAUGGACCAGCCGACCGGCCAGCCCCAGAUCUCUGGCAGCCCGUUGAGUAACUUCUUUGACGUAAUUAAACAGCUAUUUUCAGACGAGAAGAACGCCCAAGCCCCCCAACCCCCCGGCCCCCCCGCUGCGCCCAGUACCCCCUCCAAGCAUGCCCCCGGCAGCAGGCCCGGCCCGCCCCCGCCCCCCCACAAUGACUCUAAAAGCCCCCCGGGCAAAGACAAAACAAAGAUGGCGGCCAACUGCAGGACACAGGAACAACCCUAG